AUGAGGAGGAGGGCGAGGGCGGCAGCGAAGCAGAAGAAGGAUCAGCAGCAGCAGCAGCACCUGCAGCAGCAGCAGCAGCAGCAGAAGAGGAGGAGGAGGAAGAGGCUGGCGAGGAAGCAGCAGCAGCAGCAGCAGCAGCAAAGCCCGCAGCAGCAGCAGCAGCAGCAGCAGCGCCGGCAGCAGAAGCCCCCGCAGUUCUCCCCGAGGCCUCAGCAGCAGCAGCAGCAGCAGCAGCAGCAGCAGCAGCAGCAGCAGCAGCACCAAUGCCUCCUGCUGCUGCUCUUCUCCCGCAGCUUUCUUAUGCUGAUGGAAAUGAACUUUGCAAUUCUCUGUCUUGUCGAAAAGUCCUUUCGGGAGCCCAAACCUCCGUCCCCAUUAAAGGGUGCAAGAAGUACGUGA